AUGUUCGCCACAUCCCCCCCCAUUCCUACCAUCAUCCCACCAGCAUCACGCACACCCGUUGACGCCACAUGCGUGCAGGUGGCAGGAGCGCUGGAUGCUCUGUGUUUGUACGAGGGGCCGCUGGGGGCGCACGUUGAGAAGGGGGAGUCUGGUGGCUCUGUGAGCAUUCACGUGUGGGCGCCCACUGCUCAGGUGCGCUGGGGUGCAGCGGUGUGGACCCAACCCAUGAAUCAGGCAGUUCAGAAGUUUCUUCCCUUCUCCCCCUCACCUGCUCCCCUCACCUGCUCCCCUCACCUGCUCUCCUCCUCCCUCCCUUACCCGCUCUCCCUGCAGGAGGUCACUCUACUUGUGUUCGACCAUCCCCACGCAUUCCCCCCCCUGGCUCGCAAGCCCAUGCAUGCUUCACACCCCUCCUGUGCACCUCCUCACCUGCUCUUCUCUCCUGAUUUCCUCUCCUGCUCGCCUCCCCUUUUUUCCUUCUCACUGCUCUCCCUUGAGGAGGUAACACUGCUGUUGUUUGACCAGCCCCAUACAUGGCCCCCCCGUGACUCGCAAGCCCAUGGAGAGGAGCAGAUCUUCACGCCCCUCCCAUACACCUCCUCGCCUGCUCUUCUCACCUGCUCUCUUCUCGCUCUCCUGCAACCCCUCUCCCCGCAGGAGGUAACUCUACUGCUGUUCGACCAGCCCCACGCAUCCCCCCCAGUAUCUCGCCAGCGCAUGGAGAGGGGCAGCGAGGGGCAGUGGAGUGCGCAGGGCCCCAUGGCAUGGCAGGGCAUGUACUAUCAGUAUGAGAUCCGGGUCUUCCAUCCUGCCACCAAUAGAAUCGAGACAUGUGUCACCACCGACCCUUACUCCCGCGGUCUCUCAGCCAAUGGAGAGCGCUCAUUGGUGGUUGACCUGAGUGAUGCCGCGUUGGCACCACCUGAUUGGUCCACCUUGCAUCAGCAGAAGCCACCUCUGCAAUCGUUUUCAGACGUGUCCAUCUACGAGCUGCACAUCCGUGACUUCAGGUAUGACCCGGUGCACUGGGGUGUGCCGGAUGGCAGCUAUGCCACCCAUGCUGAUGGCGCUGCCCGCACGCUCGAGUUCCGCUCCAUGGUGCAGGCAGUGAACGGCAUGGGGCUGAGGGUGGUGCUCGACGUGGUCUACAACCACCUCUACGCCAGUGGCCCGCACAGCCCCUUUUCUGUCCUCGAUAAGGUGGUACCUGGGUACUAUGUCCGGAGGGACAUGGAGGGGCGGGUGGAGAGCAGUGCGUGUUGCAACAACACGGCGAGCGAGCAUGCCAUGGUGGAGCGGCUUAUAGUGGACGAUGUGGUCAUGUGGGCCACACAGUACAAGGUGGAUGGGUUCCGGUUUGACCUCAUGGGGCACCUCAUGAAGCAUACCAUGGUGAUGAUUUACGCACUGCUAAAUCAAUAUCUUUCUCUUCACACCCAUUAUGUCUUGUCUUCUCCUUACCUUGUCUCCCUGCCUCGUCUCCCUGCCUCGUCUCCCUGUCUCCCUCGUCUCCCUGCCCCGUCUCCCUGCCCCGUCUCCCUGCCCCGUCUCCCUGCCCCGUCUCCCUGCCCCGUCUCCCUGCCCCGUCUCCCUGCCCCGUCUCCCUGCCCCGUCUCCCUGCCCCGUCUCCCUGCCCCGUCUCCCUGCCCCGUCUCCCUGCCCCGUCUCCCUGCCCCGUCUCCCUGCCCCGUCUCCCUGCCCCGUCUCCCUGCCCCGUCUCCCUGCCCCGUCUCCCUGCCCCGUCUCCCUGCCCCGUCUCCCUGCCCCGUCUCCCUGCCCCGUCUCCCUGCCCCGUCUCCCUGCCCCGUCUCCCUGCCCCGUCUCCCUGCCCCGUCUCCCUGCCCCGUCUCCCUGCCCCGUCUCCCUGCCCCGUCUCCCUGCCCCGUCUCCCUGCCCCGUCUCCCUGCCCCGUCUCCCUGCCCCGUCUCCCUGCCCCGUCUCCCUGCCCCGUCUCCCUGCCCCGUCUCCCUGCCCCGUCUCCCUGCCCCGUCUCCCUGCCCCGUCUCCCUGCCCCGUCUCCCUGCCCCGUCUCCCUGCCCCGUCUCCCUGCCCCGUCUCCCUGCCCCGUCUCCCUGCCCCGUCUCCCUGCCCCGUCUCCCUGCCCCGUCUCCCUGCCCCGUCUCCCUGCCCCGUCUCCCUGCCCCGUCUCCCUGCCCCGUCUCCCUGCCCCGUCUCCCUGCCCCGUCUCCCUGCCCCGUCUCCCUGCCCCGUCUCCCUGCCCCGUCUCCCUGCCCCGUCUCCCUGCCCCGUCUCCCUGCCCCGUCUCCCUGCCCCGUCUCCCUGCCCCGUCUCCCUGCCCCGUCUCCCUGCCCCGUCUCCCUGCCCCGUCUCCCUGCCCCGUCUCCCUGCCCCGUCUCCCUGCCCCGUCUCCCUGCCCCGUCUCCCUGCCCCGUCUCCCUGCCCCGUCUCCCUGCCCCGUCUCCCUGCCCCGUCUCCCUGCCCCGUCUCCCUGCCCCGUCUCCCUGCCCCGUCUCCCUGCCCCGUCUCCCUGCCCCGUCUCCCUGCCCCGUCUCCCUGCCCCGUCUCCCUGCCUCGUCUCCCUACCUCUUCUUAUUGCCUCACCCUCAGAUGCACAUCCGAUCGGCACUUGACGCACUCACCAUCAAGGAGCAUGGGGUGAACGGCAAGGCCAUUUACUUGUGA